AUGCCUGUGACCACCGUUUCAGCGGCGGUACAUAUUACACCUGUCGUCGUCAAGACCUUCUUCGAACAUGGGAGGACCAAAGCCAAGAAAUUCAAGGCGGGCGACCAGGAGGAGGAGGCCACGGACGACAUAUUCUUUCACCAAUACAGGAUGGCUGGAAGAAUGAGCGCUGAUGUGUUCUUCCUAGCCUUCAUAGAUUUGGGAACCAAGAACACCAUUGAAUCGCUGCAAGGAUUCACCAAUACACAUGUGCCUUCACCGUAUUGGGCUGCGGUGUCGCCUGUUUCCAUCCCGCUUUCGAGCUGCAACAAGGCGGCAGACACGUUAAUCAGUUGGUUUGGUCCAGAUGAACUCAAGCAUGUGGUAGGUGGGGAGCGAUGGUGGCAAGUACGAGGUCUGGAUGGGGUCGACGCGGAAUGGAUUACCCAAAAGGAAUAUCUAAGUCCGGAGCCAAUUACCCCCGACCUCAGGACCAGAAACCUAUCAACCACGGAUGCAGACAUACUCAGGAUGAAUCACCUAGAACGAGUCAUACUCUAUGUUCACGGAGGUGGAUAUUUCUGGGGAUCUAUAAAUACACACAGAUACCAGAUAAUUCGAUAUGCUCGUAAAAGCAAAGGCCGGGCAUUCGCCGUCAACUAUCGCAAAGCGCCCCAAUAUCCAUGGCCGUGUCCCCUCCAAGAUGUCCUCGCGGCUUGUGAGCAUCUUUUCAUAUCUCGGUGUUCAGUAUACCAAUUGUCCAUCCCUGCAGACAUGUACCUCAUCAACCCUCCAGCCUCCGCACUACACAACCCCAUCGACCCUUCCAAGAUCGUCUUUGCAGGAGAUUCCGCUGGUGCAGCUCUCUGCUUGACCACUUUGACUAUUCUUCGCGACAUGGGCCUUUCCCUCCCUGCUGGCGCCGUUCUGAUCAGCCCUUGGGUAGACCUCACCCAUAGCUUCCCCAGUGUCAUGGCCAAUUCAGAAACGGAUAUCAUACCGGAAUACGGGUUUCUGGCAAAGCCCUCGACGCUAUGGCCGGUUGACCUUUUACCCCCAGCUGGCGGUCGAGUGACGAGGACUACUUCUAACCCUCCCCCAGCGCCUGGUCACGUAGAUACUCUCAAGCCAACUGCUUCCCACAUAGAGGCAGAGAAGAACGAAACAGAAUCCCCGGAAAUCAAAAACCAAGGGGAAAUGCUCGCUCAAGGUCAGACCGAGGAAAAGACUGGAGGCCAUUCACGGAAACAAGCAUCAUCCAGCUCUCAGACCGUAGUCGAGGAUGAGUCCUGGGAACCGAAGCCACCGAAGGUCCUUAUGAACGAUCAUGCCUCGAUUCCUCUCGAACUUCACUCUCAAAUCCAGAUAUACGCUACCACUGAGCAACUCUGCCAUCCCCUCGUCUCCCCCGUCUUGCAGGGUUCGCUAGGAAACCUUCCACCCUUGUACAUCAUAGCGGGCGAAGGGGAGGUUCUCAGAGAUGAGAUAGUGUACACGGCGCAUCGAGCUGCUCACCCCGACCAAUAUCCUGCUAGAAAGGGUGUAUUACGCGAGGGUAGACGGCAGAAGGAGAAUGCGGAGAAGUUCACCACGCCAACGAAGGUCCAUUUGCAAGUGUUUGACGGGAUGUGCCAUGUGCCCACCGUCUUCAGUUUUACAGAGAGUGCCAAAUAUGCUUAUCGGUCAAUUGCCGAGUUCAUCAAGCACGCCACUGAUUCCGACAGUGAACAACUCCAACAAAACCCUUUCCCCGAGUUACAUCGCCGUCCGUCGGCUUUGUCAGUGUCGCCAGAUGUCGAAGCACAGGACAGGACAGAGCGUUCGACCAUUGUUUCCCGUUUGCAGGACAAGGUUGUCAAGCCUGCCCCGACACCAGAGACCCCGGAAGAUAUCGCCCUGUACAAAGCCAACGAGGAAGUUGUGAUGCAAGCUGUCGAAGAUCAUCUUAAUGCAACCUCUACUCAGGUCGCCAACGAGUCGUCUUCAUCUAAGUCUAGUGUGGGUAUCAAGAACAUUAGGAUGGUCCGCGAACGGGUAGACAUACACGGACGUGUUCGCUCAAUGGAACCCAGAGAUCAAAUAUCUGCGCUGCAGAUCGAGCCUUCUGCAGUUGGGCUCAUCAAGGAGGAACCCACGCUUCGCUGGCUCCGCGGUCAGGAAAAGUGGGACAGGAUGUUCAAGAAGCAGGCCAAAAAGGCGAUGAAACGGCGGCGGAAGUUAGAGACCAAGGCUGAGAGGAUGAUCAAGAAUGCCAAAGAGCAAGGUCUUGCGUUCACCGUCGACCAAAGGCCUCCCGUAUCCCAGCGUCCUUCCAAUAUUUCUACCGUGUCGAAAGCGUCCGCCCCUUCCCCUGUCACCGGGGAAGGUGAUAUCCAGGCUGAGCGACGGUGGGGGCCAUUGGAUCUCGCUGGCGAAACCCCGCCACCGUCUGCCAUCGCUGGUCGUCGAGAUACGCCAGAGGCAAUAGCGCUGAUUAAGAAGAGCAUAUACCACACCGCGCCCGUAACGCAUACCAUGGUACCACACAUCAAAGCUAUCGACGCUAUUCGGGCCGCUUUCGACCCCCACGACCAUCCGACGAAGGCACCCAAACAGUCUGUCUCAGAGCAACAAACAUAUACUCAUAUCAUACCCUUCCACGGCUUGCGUAUCUGGGACACACUUGUGGGAUACUUUGCACGCAAGACUUCGAACAAGGCUGCGCGCGGAGGUAAACACGCCGUGGCAGCUAUCAAAGGGACGGGUGAGAGCUUGGGGAUAAUUUCUCCAGAUACGUGA